AUGGACUUCAUGACAGCUCUCCAUUCGACUUUCGAUGACCACAAACCUUCUCUGUUCGAGCUGCUGUCCGAAGCUCAACUCGCCUCUCUUCUCCCGCCCUCUCUCCGAUAUCUCCUAGCGGUGGCUACUCACCGACAACCACGCUACCUUCUACGAGUUCUCAACUCUUUUGAUGAGCUUUAUGCCUUGCUUAUGCUGGUAGUAGAACGUCACUACCUCAAGACACAUGGUGGCGGAUUCACAGAGAACUUCUAUGGCCUCAAACGGGAGAAAGCAUUGUCCGUGGGUGAAAUUCCUCGAGCGAACAUUGCGGCAGCUUCCCAAGUCCGCGAAGCCCUUACACUGAGCAAUGCAGACAUAUGGAAGAAUCUGGCAGUGAUGGUGGGUCUGCCGUAUCUGAAAAGGAAGCUGGACGAGAGCUAUGAUAUCAAUGCUCCGAGAUCUUUGCUGGGGGCGAACUACACACGAAUGCCGCCGAAUCCGACCCUGAAGCAGAGAUUUAUGCAUUACUAUCGCUGGUUCCUGCGGAAUAUAUACCCCAGUGUUAAUGCUGCAUACUAUUUUUCUAUGCUAGCAUUUAACAUAGCAUACUUGUUCGACAACAGCAAUUACCAUUCGCCAUUUAUGUGGUUGAUAGGAACGAGGAUGAGGAGGUUGGGAGAAGCAGACUAUAGAGCGAUUGCAGCUCUAGAUGAGCCAAAAGGAGGACCGCCUGGGGGCAACUUGGGUGUCACAAGCAUAUUCAGUCCGCGAAUGUUGGGCAACAGAGCUUUGAGCAGUCUGAAAAUACUCCUUCCGACCAGCAUAUUUGCUUUGAAAUUUUUGGAGUGGUGGCAUGCUUCAGACUUUGCCAGACAAUUGUCUCGGAAAGCUACAGAAGGCAUUGAGCUCCCACCCCCAGUGGUCUCUGGUCUCUCUUCACUGUCGGCCAAGUUUGGCCCAGCUAGUCAAAAGCAGACUGGACAAGAUGCCAAGGGCAAGUCAGAAAAUCCAGCACCAGAGAUUGAGGAGCCACCGAUUGCUGCGGCCUCCUUGUUGCCAAUUUUCACAGUCCUUCCUCCGCAAGAUUCGGAGUUCUGUCCUAUCUGCGAGCAAGAGAUCACAACUGCAACGGCAUGCCAAACAGGCUUCGUGUUUUGUUACACUUGUAUCCACAAAUGGCUGGAAGGCAAUCACGAAAAACAAGAAGAAUUCAUGAAAGGAAAGGAUGGGAAAUGGGAAAGUGGAAAGGGGAGGUGUGCUGUUAGUGGGAGGAGAGUGCUUGGUGGCACUGAAGGACUGAGAAGAGUGAUGAUAUGA